AGGGCAUAAGUGCUGUGAGAAGGCACACUGCAGAGACUAUAGUGCUCUAGAAAGCUCAUAACAUAGAUGAUGACAAAAAACAAUGCACAGAACACGUGUCCUUAUAAAUUAGAUUAGUGUUCUUAUACAGGCAAUCCCAAAGAGAUCCCUACCACUUUUGACAUCCCAGCAUAAACUGUCAAGACACAGCCUGUGGAUCAGAAAGUAGCUUCUCAUCAGUCACCAAAUGGUUAUCCAGGAAAAGCUGCAAAUUUGAGAUUGGGGCAACAAUGAGAAAUGUACUGUGAAGUUAUGGAAUCAUGAAAAAUAUUGAAGAGGAAUGAAACAUUUCUCUGACAUUAAUAGACUCAUAUACAUCUUGAUGAGAUAGAGAUAUAUCUUCGCCUUAAGAAAUGCAGAGAUAUGACUAUUUGACUUCCUUUGGAGGCAAAGCAACAGGAAAAAUGGUAGGACAAAUGCCUGUGAAGGAGACAGACAGUAUAGACCCAGGGCUGAGCAAUGUCAGCAGGCUGCCUAUGGGGUUUCCAAGACCAAUCUUCCAAGCAAGUCCCCCAUACCAAAACAGUAAGCAUUCAUUACCUUCCCAAGGGUCUCAAUUCCAAGGAUUUCAACAUCUUAGCAAAAUCACACCAAACAAUUCAUCUACUGAUAUGAAAACCAUUAACUUUCAAAUGUCAAAUGUGUGUAAUGACACACAGCAAGACAAAAUUGGCAUUUCCCAAUCAAAUAUGUCAAAUUCUACUCGCCUACAAUUCAACUGCCCACAAUCUAUUCAAGACAAAAUGACAGUGAAUAGAUGUGCCAGCUCUUCUCAGCUGACUUCACCAAGAAUGACAGAAGCAGAAGAGAAAUCUUGCAAUACAUGGAAGAAUAUUAGAAAAUCAUAUGUACAGAAAAAGGUGCCCGUUCGAAAAGUGCCUCAUUUUGUUCCUGAUCAAGCACCCGAGAGGAAAAGAACAACCCAUCUAAACACUGCAUAUGCCAUACGAAAGUCAAGGCCAAUCAUUGGUGUCCACACUCGAUCAUAUAGGGACAGAGUGAUACACCUACUAGCACUUAAGGACUACAAGAAAUCUGAACUUCUUGUUCAACUGCAAAAAGAUGGCAUCAAAAUAAAUGACCCCAAUUUUCUUGGAAAAAUUCUGCUGCAGGUGGCUAAUUUGAAUGCUACUACUUUGUCAUAUACUUUAAAAGACAGUAUCUUCAAUGAGGUCCAGAGAGAUUGGCCUGGCUAUAGUGAGGAAGAUAAGCUGUCAUUGGAUUUGGUGCUUUCCAGAAAGCUACGCCCAUUUCACAAUGCUACCAAGGCCACCCAUUGCAAAGAGUCAUCUGUAGUUUCUAAAACAGAUGAUUCAUCAUCCUCAAAGGAUCAUUUUCUCUCCUUAUCUGGUAUUGACACUUUAAUGAAAAAUAAAGGUGGAUUCUUUCCCCCUAAAUCUGGUGGACAGUUAACAUCAAAUGGCCAAGCAAGUUUUAACAGUGAGAAAUCUGGAAUUCUGUUGUAUUCUGCCACUACUACCAAAUGCAUCCCUCGACAAUUGCCUGACUCCCAUCUGCCAAUUUCAAAUUCACCACUGCUCAUAAAAUCUAAUUGUAAUGUUUGCAGUGCUCCAGAAAGAUCUGGGACUCAAAAUCCAUGUGACAACAUCAGCCAUGACAGUGGCAUGCUUGAAAGAGAGAUGAAUAAAUACACUUCUUUGGAAGCUACAUCCUGUGUUUCAGUUCAAAAAAAGUAUUCAAAGCCAAUAGAAAUACCACAUUUUAUGCCUGAGAAGUUCAAAUGUGCAUUUGCAAAGCGAAAAACAAGUAUCCCAAACUGCAUUACCAGCACAAUGGAGAAACCAAAGAUAGAUUUUAAGAAACAAGAUGAAAUUAUGAAGUCAGAUUCCAACAAGGAAGUUAAAAAAGGUUUCCCUGACUCUGGGAAGACCAGUUUUACAUCUGCAACUCCAGAUUAUUUGGCAAAUUAUUCCAUUAUACUUUCCCCUGACCAACGUCAGUCUUAUGAGAAGGAAUUCAGGGCAAAUUAUAGUGAAUAUCAAGCCAUGUACAACAAGAUACAGAUUUCAUGCACACCAAUCAUUGACCUAGAUUCAGAAAGAAAGGGAUUUUCUCUAGGAUCAAAAGAAUACCAAGAUAUUACUAAAAAAAUUUCAGUAGCGUAUCAGAAAAUGCGACAGCUUAAUCCUAAAUUUUGUGAAGAAAAGGAUAGAUGUGUGUUUCUUUACAACAAACUGGUUCAUAUUAAAAAGUUAAUAAAUGAUUUUGACCAGCAUGAAGUAAAGUCUACACAGUAAUGAAAGGUUUGGACAAGAAUAAACUUGAUUUACUGAAAUUCAAGGUAAUUUGCUCCAAGAUUCUAAAGGGAUGGCACUUGAAAGUUUUUUGAAACUUGCAACAGUAUUUAAAUUUAGUUUGUUUUAUAUUCAUUUUUUGCUUUCCUACAGUUCUGAAGCUGCAUUAUAUGAUU